AUGACGUCCCUGAACGAACCUAGUGUGGAUUUCCACUUGAAGUUGAAUCAGCAGCAAUUUAAUAUACCUUCUGAAUUGUUGAAGCGAAACUGGGAUAAAUGUAACAAGCUGUACAGCAGCUAUUCGCAGGAGCUACAAGAACAAUUUGGAGUACUUGAAACGCUUCUUGAAGACCCUGCAAAUGAUGAAAAGUCAAUAGAGAAGUUGAAUGACAUUAUCAACACUGUUGGUGUGUUGCAAAAGAGAUUGACCCACUUACAUGAUUAUGAAAUGAAGAUAUUAAACAGGAUUGAGAAGAGAGUAGCCUACUUCAAGGAGUUCCAAAGGUUUAAAGAUGAGUCCAAUAAUGAUGGAAUUCUUAAAUGGUACAAAUCGUAUACCGAUAUUCUGAUUUCAGACUAUUUGGUAAGGCAUGGUUCGAAUUUUACGAAUUGUAAUGAUAAUGAGGGGAAAGUAAACCCAGGUAUUGAGUUCAUAAGGAACAGAGGGUUAGAGGAUUUGAUUGAUUACGAAAUACUUGUGGAGUCCAAUAAAAUUUCUAUAGAGUUGCUUGCAAACAAAAAUUUGGGACCCUUACUGGAAUGGAUUGAAAACAACCAAGAUUAUCUAGUGAAAAAGGGAUCACAUUUGCAAUUUCAAGCACUUUUGCAGCAAUAUAUUGAAUUGGUACGGUCUUCUGAUUAUCGUGGUGCUAUAAGGUGUUUCCAAAAACAUUUGUUCAAGUUUGUGGACGUCUAUCCUAUGGAGUUGAAGCUAGCAGCUGGAAUUCUAGCCUUCUUCAAAAGUUGUUUAAGUGAUUCUAAAGAAGACGAAAUGGACAAUGGACAGAGGUUAUUUCAAUCUUAUUUCAGGAAACCAAUGUAUAAGACAACCCCAUUAUCUUCAUUAUCCGCUAAUAAUGUAGUACGAAAUGCAGAACUCCAUCGCUAUGGUCCGUUGUUAAGCAGCGAAAGAUGGGAAUCCUUGAACGAAAUGUUCUUACAUGAAUUCUAUUCAUUAUACAAGAUAUCAUACCAUGAUCCUCUUUUGAUUUAUGUCUCGCUUGGUAUCUCCUCAUUAAAGACCAAGGAUUGCGGACAUACCCUUUCAAAUCAAUUGAUUCCACAUAGCAACGUGGACUUAAAUGAAUAUGUUAAAUCUAAUGUUGUAAAUACAGAUUGUCCCGUCUGUAAUCCGGACAUUCACCCAUUAUCAGAAAACUUACCUUAUGCGCACCAUGUUCAAUCGAGCCUCUUUGAAAACCCUAUCAUGCUACCGAAUGGGAAUAUCUAUGACUCUGAUAAGCUUGUUCUCUUAUCAAAGAAGUUGAAUAAAUUGGGAUACACGAACCUUAAUGAUAACCAGGUUAUGGAUCCCAUUGAUAAGUCUAUAUAUUCAGUUACCGAUUUUAUAACAAUGUAUCCGACAUAA